AUGGCCACUCCACUCAUCAUUGGUGUUGGUGCACUAGCUGCUGCUGUCGCUGGCAGGCAGCUUCUACGUAGAGCUGGUCAGGGUGCCGCAGAACAAUGGGCCAAAGGCGGAUUCAAGGCAAAGAUGGAUCAUAAAGAAGCCGUCGCAAUCCUUGGCCUGAAAGACGGCCCUCAGCUGAAAAGCAAGCUGAAGGAUGCGCACCGUCAAAUCAUGCUUUCCAAUCAUCCGGACCGUGGAGGCUCGCCCUAUCUUGCAAGUAAAAUCAAUGAGGCCAAGGACCUGUUAGACAAGGAGAAGCGAUAA